CUCUCUCUCUCUCUCUCUCUCUCUCUCUCUCUCUCUCGAAGUUGCCGCCUGCAGUUUCUUUGUUGAACCCCAAUUGGGUUCCUUUUCAAAAUUAAAAUCUCCUCUCUCUCUCUCUCUCUGCUGCAUAGAAAUGGGCGGUAAGCACGAUGGUUUGUAAAGAAUUAUUGGUCCUCAUUGAAGUUUAGAAGAGGAGGGGGUCAAAGUCAGAGGAAAGGGGAAGAAAUUAUUGUUACCAUAAAGCGCUUUUGAGAAUUAUUAAGCGCUUUUGUAUGGAGAACAAUAUUAAUUGUGAUUAUAUGAUCAGAUUAUAUAAACUUGAACCAUACCAAAUAAUUUCUUCUCCAAAAUAAUGGAAGGGGAGAACCAGAAGUCCAAAUCCAGUAGGUUCCGCAAGUACUGGUUCACUGCUGGAAAGCACAAGAAACCUGACCCAUGUUAUCCCAACAAUGAAAUUUCAGAUGCAGAUGACUACGAAAGUGAAAACUUUCUGCAGAAGGUCCUUUCUCGGUCGGUUGAUAUGGGUCCAUGCAAAUUUACCAAUGAAUUAAGAAUCUUUGUGGGUACUUGGAAUGUCGCCGGAAGAUCGCCCAUCGGAAGUUUGGCCGUUGAUUUAGACGAUUGGCUCAACCUCAAAGAUGCUGCAGAUUUAUACGUUCUUGGGUUUCAAGAGAUUGUACCGUUAAAAACAAGAACAGUGGUCGGAGCAGAGGACACAACCAAAGCAACAAACUGGAACUUAUUGAUCGGAAAAAUUCUAAACGACAAAUAUGGAUGCCCAUGGCUAACACCAAUGAUGGUGGACACAGCCACCGGCGACGAAGACUACGCAAGACACACAGACCCCAACAGACCGAUGAGUUUCGCCGGCGGAGAUAAAACUCCGAAUAAUUUCCCGGGGAGAAUUCCGGCGAAUGGGGUAAUGGGAGGGAGCAGAUACGUGUUGUUGGCAAGCAAGAAGAUGGUGGGAGUGUUUAUAAGCGUAUGGAUUAGAAGAGAUUUGGUGAGGAAAUAUUACAUAUCGAAUGUGAAAGUAUGUUCAGUGGCAUGUGGAAUAAUGGGUUAUUUAGGGAAUAAAGGGUCAGUUUCGGUGAGUAUGUCAAUUGAAGGAACAAGUUUUUGCUUCGUGGCGGCUCAUUUGGCUUCCGGAGAGAAAAAGGGGGACGAGCGGCGGAGGAACCACCAGGUGUCGGAGAUAUUCCGGCGAACUUUUUUUGCCAGAACGCCUAAAGAUGAUGACUAUCCGAAUCCACAUCCUCCUCCUCUCACCAUCUUAGGACAUGAUCAAAUAUUUUGGUUUGGGGAUCUGAACUAUAGGCUGUAUUUAGAGGACAGUUUUGCGAGGCAGUUGAUAAAGAAACAAGACUGGGAAGCAUUGCAAGGGUUUGAUCAGCUACGGAAAGAACAGGAAGCUGGUGGAGUAUUUCAAGGAUGGAGAGAAGGGAAUAUAGAGUUUGCUCCUACUUACAAGUAUUCUUCAUCAAAUUGUAAUCGCUAUUCAGGUGGUCCUCUAAGAAGGAUAGGAGAGAAGCAAAGAACUCCAGCAUGGUGUGACAGAAUUCUAUGGUAUGGAAAAGGAGUGAGGCAACUCUCCUAUUUCAGAAGUGAGAGUAAGUUUUCUGAUCACAGGCCAGUCUCUGCCCAAUUUUUAGCACAGAUUCAGCUGCUGGAAUCUACAAAUCCAAGAGUUAUUGCCCUCAGCAAAUUUCUUCCCUCCAUACCUUCUCCCAAACAGAUGGUGAAGGGGGAAACUAAUGAAGUAUCAAAAUCUACCUUGGCCGCAUUGAUGGUAAGGGAUAGGGAAGCAUCGUCACCAUGCUUGCGAAAUUCAUAGAACAAACAUAUAGAACAAUUACAGGGGUAAGAAAGUUACUGGGAGAAAGGAUUUUAUGACUGAACAAUUACAUGUUAAGAAAGUUACUGGGAGCUCGGGUUUUAUGACUGCAGGCUGGGUAUGUACGGAGAUGAAGUGACUUGAAUUAUUUUGGUCUCUUUCAAGUUCACUUCAACAUUUUUUAAGAAAAAAAAAUCUACACCGUGCAUCUGGGUUUCAUUGAAUUUGUGAAUAUAAAUGUGGACAAAAUAGAGAAGAACAAAAGAUAGUCAUGCAAACAAUUUGACACGCUGGGAAA